AUGAACCCGGAAGUCGACCAUGACAAGCAGAUCGUGGUCCGGGAACCGCCCCCCUUUCUCACCAAGGUCGUGUAUGCCAGCUACAUGUACGGCUUAAAGAGUAUCCUGAAUUCCGUGCUCUGGCUGCGCGAGUGGCAGGAAUCCAGAGACCCCCCCGCGGGCCAUCCCGACAUCGUCAAGAGUUAUGAAUGCCGCCCAAACCUACCCGUCCGCAUCUUCUUGCCGGCUUCCUACGACCAGACCUCGCAGGCCACACUUCCCACCCUCUUCACGAUCCACGGCGGCGGCUUCUGCAUCGGCCACCAGCGCGACGACGACGAAUGGAACCGUGCCUUUGCCAACACCCAGUCCGCCCUCGUCAUUUCGCUCAACUACUCCAAAGCACCCGCCUAUCCCUUCCCCACCGCCGUGCACGACCUCGAAGCUCUCCUGCUGGCCGCCCUCGCCGACACCUCCCUCCCCAUCGACCGGACCGACUCCCCCACGAGUCGCACAGCAAUCCUAGGCUUCUCAGCAGGCGCCAACCUCGCACUAUCCGUAUCACAACUCCCCAGCAUCCACAACCACCCCCUCACCCCAGCCGCCGCCAUCACCAUCUACGGCUCGCUCGACGUAAGCUACCCGUCCACCGAGAAGCUGCGCAACCGGCCCUGGAAGGCCGCGCUCGCCCCGCCGCGCGGCUCGCCCACCGACCUCCUCGUCAGCCUGGCGGCCGCCUUCGACUGGAGCUACAUCCCCUACGGUCAGGCCCUGCACGACCCGCUGCUCAGCCCCCACCACGCGCCGCGCUCCGCGCUGCCGCCGUAUGUGUGCUGUGUUGCGGCCGAGCUGGAUAUGCUCGCCCACGAGAGCUGGCGGGUGGCGUGUCGGUUGAGUAGGGAGGGGGGUGGGGUUGGUAGGGGGAGGAGGGUGGUGCCGGAUAGGGGGAGUGAGGAGCCCUGCUGGAGGGUGUGUGGGAAUUGGGCGAAUAUGGUGACUACAAGGCGGGGGGAGUUGAUUGGGUUGGUGCCCGGGAGGGAGGAUGAGAGGUUUGCGUUUGAGGAGACGUGGAGGGGUGGGGGGGUCAAGUGGUUGCUGGUGCCGGAUGUGUUGCAUGGGUUUGAUAACCCCCAUAUUAGGGCUAUUCUGGGAGGGGCGGAGGCGAUGAGGGAUGGGGAGAUGAAGACGAGGGCUUACAUGGCGGAGGUUGGGAGGUGGUUGAAGGAGGUGGUGUGGAAGUUGUAG